CAAUUUUUCUUCAGAGUUGUGUGUUCUUUACAAUCACUACUGCUAUUACCACUGCAAUAUAGCCCUUCCUUCAGUUUCUUUGUUUCCAUGGCUUCUCUUCUCCAUUUCCUACCACUAAUCCUUCUAAUGACAUCUUCUUCAAGCAUUGCUCAAACUCCUCCUUCUCCUGGCUACUACCCUGGUUCAAGAAUCAGUUCUAUUGGCUUUGAUCAAGGUUACAGAAAUCUUUGGGGUCCUCAGCACCAAAGACUAGACCAAGGAACAUUAACUAUAUGGCUGGAUUCCAGUUCAGGAAGUGGGUACAAGUCACUUCAGCCAUAUAGGUCAGGCUACUUUGGUGCAUCCAUCAAGCUUCAACCUGGUUAUACUGCAGGAGUCAUUACAUCUUUCUAUCUUUCCAACAAUGAAGACUAUCCUGGAAACCAUGACGAAAUUGAUAUUGAGUUUCUUGGAACAACUCCAGGUAAACCAUAUACUUUGCAGACCAAUGUCUAUAUCAAAGGAAGUGGUGAUGGCAAAAUUAUCGGAAGAGAAAUGAAAUUUCAUCUCUGGUUUGAUCCUACUCAAGAUUUUCAUCAAUAUGCCAUUAUGUGGACCCCUAAUGAGAUCAUAUUUUUCGUAGAUGAUGUUCCUAUUAGACGGUAUCCAAGAAAAAGUGAUUCUACAUUUCCUUUAAGGCCAAUGUGGAUAUAUGGCUCAAUUUGGGAUGCAUCAUCAUGGGCCACUGAGGAUGGAAAAUACAAAGCUGAUUAUAGCUACCAACCCUUCAUUGGUAGGUAUCAAAAUUUCAAAAUUAGUGGGUGCACCACAAAUGGUUCCCCCACCUGCCGGCCGCCCUCCACUUCACCGUUCGGUAGCGGCCUCAGCCAACAGCAGUACUCCACCAUGGAAUGGGUCCAGAGGAACUAUCUGGCAUAUGACUAUUGUAGGGAUCCAAAAAGAGACCAUACACAAACACCCGAAUGCUAGAGUAUUGUGAGAAAAAUUUAACCGAAUCUUUUAGGGCUCUGCAUAAAAAUGUGCCAAGGCCUUAUCAAAUUCGGGUUAUACCCUACAAAAUAACAAGUUUGUUUCAAUAUUGUAUACACAAACACGGUUCUAAUAUUUGUACUAGUUGUUGUUUUUGUUGUUUUCACUUGUGAGCAGUUUGUCGGGACAACUUUGGAGAGUUCUUGAGAUGGGUCCCAUUUAGGUGCAAGAUCAUCCAAGCCUCCUAGAUCUCAAAGGGUUUUUAUUGUAUUUGUUUGUACUAUUGUUUCUGCAAGAAUUAUUUGUGGAAUAAAAUACAAAAAUUGUGCC